CCUGUCCAACAUGGCCGCCGCCAUGGCCACGGUGCUGCUGCUGCUCGGCCUGGCCCCGCGCGCGCUCCCGCUGCAGGUCUGGGCUCCGGCCGCGCGCACGGUGGCGCUGCUGUUCCAGCCCGUGCGCAUGCGCUGUAGCUACGAGACCUCCGCGCCGGAGCCCCCCCCCCUGGUCACGUGGAAGUUCCUGGCCCCGUGCGCGUCCCCGACGCAAGGGGGGGGCGUCGGGAGCGCGCCCGGCGCAUGCGCGGACGGAGCUGCGCGCACCCAGCGCAUCGUGGCCUCCAAGCAGGGGGGGACGGUGACCGUGGGGGAGUUCUAUAGGGGGAGAGGGGUGACCAUUGAGGGAGAGGCAAACCUGGAUCUGGGGCCGGCUGCAUGGGGUGACAGUGGCUUCUAUGUGUGCACCGUGAACUCCAUCCAGGACCUGGAGGGGAACAAUGAGGCUGUGGCCGAGCUACUGGUGCUGGGGUCCCUACCGGAGGGCACCGGCCUCUUCCCAGGCAUCCAACUGGGGGCCCUGCCAGACUGGCUCUUUGUGGUACUGGUGUUACUGGGAGCUGCACUGGUAGCACUGGGGCUGGGGCUGUGCUGGUGCCAGUGCUGCCCCCAUACCUGCUGCUGCCUCCUGCGCUGCCCAUGCUGCCCCCAGCGCUGCUGCUGCCCCGAGGCCUUGUACCUGGCAGGUAAAGCAGCCACCUCGGGGGGGGUCAGCAUCACCUAUGGCCCCCCCCCACCUUCCAUUGCCCUCCAUAGCCUCGAGAGCAGCCAUAGCUCCCAAGUGCCCCUAUUGAGGGAUGUUGAUGGCAGCGUUGUGUCAGGUAGGUUGGGGUCCUAUAGAUCUAUAGGGAGCCCUAUAGGGAGCAUAUAUAGGGCUCUCUGGGUGUGUAUGGAUGGGGGUAUAGGGAGGGGGGUGUCCCCUAUGUGUUUAUAG